AGCUCCCCGCGGGUCUCGGUGCAGCAGGAUCCCCCCGAUGGCCAGCCGCCUGGCGUGCUGGCUGCUGCUCUGGGCGCUGGGGCAGGGGGGCUGCCACACGCUCCCCGCGGAGGAGGAAGGUGCCAGCCGCAAGCCCAGGCCCCCCGCGGCUGCCCUGGCCAUCGCCUCCCCCAGCAGGGACCCCCCGGGGGGCUCGUCGCCUUCCCCGGCGCUGGGCAGCCUAGCUCAGGACGCGGUAGCUGUCCACAUGCUUAAACUCUACGAGAAGUACAGCCGGGAAGGCAGCCGGCCUGGGGACGGCAACACGGUGCGCAGCUUCAAAGCCAGGCUGGAGCUAUUGGACCAGAAGCCCCAGUACUGCUUCAAUCUGACAUCCAUGCAGGACUCAGAGUUGAUCCUUACUGCCACAUUCCACUUUUACUCGGACAAGCGCCCCCGGCACCGGGAAGUGUUCUGCAAACGCUCCAAGAACUCAUCCUGCCGCCUCCUCCAUUUGCCCCAGAUCCCACGGCUCAGCCUCUUUUUCCGAAGCAUUCUCCAGAACUCCGCCUAUGGGCUGGUGAAAGGCAAUGUCACGGUGUUCCUCCACAGGCGGGGGGCUUGGCAGAUGAAGGACAUCUCACACAUCAUAAAGGAAUCUAAACGGGAUGGUGAGCUCAUCCUCUGUGUGGAGCUUGACUCUGGAAAGAAAUACCAGGGCUUCACCGAACAGCAAACCAGUCACUUACCGUACAUACUGGUUUAUGCUAAUGACCUGGCCAUAUCGGAACCCAACAGUGUGGCCAUGACUCUACAGCGAUAUGACCCAUUCCCUUCCAGUGAUGGGGAUCCCAGCCUAUCCCCCAAUGCUUCCACAGACACCCGGGUCAGGAGGGACAUAUUUCUUUCCAGCUCUAUCCAGAACAACGAGCUGCCGGAGGUGGAAUAUAACAACAACAAAUACAACAAACAUGACAUAUGGGAAAGUGCCUACAAGUCCCUAAAACCCAAAACCUCACGCAAGGACCGGAGGAGGAAAGGGCAGGAAAACACAGAGGUGCUCUCAAAAUCUCAGAUGCUAAAUUUUGAUGAGAAAACCAUGAAGAAAGCCAGACGAAAACAAUGGAACGAGCCCAGGAUUUGCUCUAGAAGAUAUAUGAAAGUGGACUUUGCCGACAUUGGCUGGAAUGAAUGGAUCAUAUCUCCCAAGUCAUUCGAAGCAUAUUACUGUGCUGGGGCUUGCGAGUUUCCAAUGCCCAAGAUUGUCCGGCCAUCGAAUCAUGCCACAAUCCAGAGCAUUGUAAAAGCUGUGGGAAUCAUUCCAGGCAUUCCCAAACCCUGCUGCGUUCCUGACAAGAUGAACUCCCUCAGCGUCCUGUUCUUAGAUGAGAACAAAAAUGUGGUUUUAAAGGUGUACCCCAAUAUGUCUGUGGAGACCUGUGCCUGCCGAUAAGUGUAUGCCAAUGCUCCUUUAAGGAGACCAGCACCCCCUGCCCGGCUACACUGGGAAAGUUGUGAAUGGGAAAUCAAUUGGCCUGUGUUUAUGAAUGAAUGCAGGUGUACAACUCCAUCCUCAGAAAGAAUGAGGAGACUCUAAAGUAAUACACAAGCUCCCCUCAAAAGAUCUCCCUUAAUGUCACCAUGUGUCUUGCAGAUUAACAGGGAUUCAGCAGCCAGAAAUUCCCCACUUUAAAAAACAAACAAACAAACAAAACCUGGCUAGCUAAGAAAUCUGGUAUUCAGUGUAAUCACUUCUACUUAAACAGUUUGCCAUAAACUGAGGACUAAGAUACAUUUGUACGUGCUAUUUUCUUGACUGUUUUAUCUCUUCAGCUAACCAAGAAGGUGAAAAAUGGACUCUGCAAAGGCAGGCUUACUCUAGAAUCAUAUUUUUUGUACAAAAAUUGUAAUUUUUUUUGCCUAAACACUCACUUAUACCUUUUAAUCCACAUAUUUAUACUGAAAAAGAAUGCUGUAAUAAAAGGCUUAAUAUGUACAUUUUCCUUUGGGAUUCAAAUCUAGUGUACUGUAUAAGCUUUUAUAUAUACAGUAUGUUAAUAUAACCACUUUUGGUUACCUUUCCCUAAUAUAUAUAUUACAAAAGACGUAUGUAACUCCUUCCCACAGUCACUAGUUUGCUGGUUAAUUUCAGAUUGUUAAACAUAUAUAUUCGCUGAAUAACACAAACUAUAUAGUAAUAUGUUUAAGUACUAAAAAUAACCAAGAUUUAUAUUUUUGUAAGUUAUACUUUAUAUCCUCUAGAUCAACUGUUAAAUGCUUUUAACAAAAGCUAAAUAAA